AUGAGUGGUAUGAGAGAACGCACCAAGGCCAUACGGACCAAAGAGGACAGGGAUAAAUUCUCGGAAAUCGCCCGUAAAUGUAAAGAAAAAAGAGACAUCGAUGCAGUCACAGACCGGCUGGCGAAGCUGAGUCUGGACUCAUCGAAAAAUCCCUAUGAUUCGUCACGAAAACCGUCAUGCUCAUACAAAUCUUCUAAAUAGAAUGUUCCUUUUUCAUUUUAUAUCAUGAUUAAUAAUAAUAAAUGAUCAUUUCUAAAUAAUGAUGCUGUACCUAUUAUUUAUAUCCUACCUGUAGGCUAUUAGAUAGCACGCAAAAUUGUUUUAGAAUGGCC